AUGUACAUCGCCAUGACACUUUGGAAACCAAGCUAUGCACCAUCCAUGGGACCUCGACCAGUCUCAUCAGGAGAAUUGACACCAGAAAAUUAUGCGACCCGAGCAUUCCGUGAUAUUAACAGUCUCCAUGAUUUAGCCUCGGGUGACGACGGUGAUCUGAUCCUCCAACUGAAAAUAGCUUUUCGCUCAUACCCACCCAGUAUCGGUCUCGGUUCGUUUCAUUAA